AGGUGCCAGCUCAGGUGUCCUCGUCAUCCGACCGCGGUUCAAAAUUUCGAGCCUGUUUCUGAGCUAAAGCUGCGCUGCAUUGCAGCAUUGCCUGGACUUGUCUCGAGUUUUAUUGACAAGGAAUUAGUUUAUCUGAACUUGUCUUUGAAUUUUUUCUAUCCCAAAGUCUUCAAGACAAAUUGGUGGAUAACUAUCAACUAUUUCCCGCACUCUACUGCCUAUUAUUGUGCUCUGUAUGAGAUAUUGAAAUUUUACUUCAUCGCCGGUGGUAACGUCCUCGUGAAUUCUGCCAAAUUCGCUCCAAAAGAAUUUUUGUGAACCCGGCACAAGCUAAGAAUCUGUUCAGGAGCAUACGCCGGAAAACAAACCUCAUUCCUUCCUUCCUUCCUAUCUAAACCUUCUACUUGAAAAAAUUUACAUUCAAGUUUAGUUUACCAGAUUAACCAGUUACCAGUUUAACAUGGAAAACCUGAAAAAAGGGAAUUACAAUGUAUACGAACAUGCGUCCACAGAAAAUAAUCCUUCGGCUAUUCAAGGAGCUGAAGGAGUAUUCUCCAAUAGUGUACAUUCUCAGCAGCUGCCAUCUUCAUUUCAGCAAGCAAGACCUGCUCAUAAUGUAAAUGAUUCCGAAGAUGGAGAAACUUUUCUUGAACCUUUUGUUGCUUCAAAACAUCUUUUUGAUGUUUUUGAAGCUAUGAAUAACUCUAAAACUACAUUUCAACGACUUCCAUGUUUCCGUAAUAUCACAGGUGUGCCCGAGAAGUAUAGCGAGUCAAGAGUUUCUUUAGUGGCUCAAACUGAAUUGUCUACGAUUCCGAUGCUACCUGCUAAUAUGCAACAAGUAUCGGAUCAAGUACCAAGGAUUUGUCCGCAGUUUAAAACGAUGUUAUGUUUUCAUUAUUUGAAUGGUAAUUGUUCUUUUGGUAGUAGGUGCAAAUUUGCACAUGGUGUGGAUGAAUUACGUUGUCGAAUCAGACAUCCUAAGUACAAAACAAGAGUUUGUGUGAAUUUUAUUAAUGUUGGUUGGUGUAAGUAUGGAGAUAGAUGCGUAUUUAUCCAUCCAACGGAAGUACUUCACAAUAAUCUAACUUCACUUCGUAGAUUAGAUUGAAGGUCACUUCGUAAUCUUCAAUCUAAUGGUAAAACAUCAACUCAGCCCAGCUGAAAUGUUUCUCCACCAAAACUCACUCUUGGCUUCUUUGUAAAAGACAAAGAGGAUUCUUAAUUUUUAAAGUUGUAUCUCCAUACUUACACACCUUGUAGAAGAAAUCUUAAUUUUUUUAUUUUUAUCCACUAUUGAUUACUUUAAUUUUUUAUAUUGCUAUUUAGAUGUGUAAGUCUCUUUCAAAUAAAGAAUUACUUCAAUAAUACCACAUAAUGGUAACUAAUUUUACUUUCUUUUAAA